UUUUCAUGCACAGUCACGUGAAUGUCAUGUGACAAAACAAAAUGGCUGUCGCACCGAAACUAACUCCAAUUCUAAAUAUUGAAAAGCUUUCUGAAAGAGUAAUACGAAUCUUAGGUUGCAAUCCAGGCGAUUUCAGACUUCAAGGCACAAAUACCUACAUCGUGGGAAAAGGCAAAAAGCGGAUAUUGAUAGACACUGGGGAUUCUGACAAGCCUGAAUACAUCAGCAAUCUAAAGAAGGUACUGAAGGAGCACUGCUGUGGCAUACAGGAGAUUAUAGUCACCCACUGGCAUGAAGACCAUGUGGGAGGUGUGCCGGACAUUCACAAGAACAUUCUCACAGAGUCAGUUCGGGUGUCAAAGUUCAAAAGGUUUGAACAGCAGGAUGAACCCAUUUCUCCAGUGGAAUACACCUUUGUUGAGAACAAGCACAUCUUCAACACAGAAGGAGCCACUCUCAGGGCUAUCCACACACCUGGUCACACAGAGGAACACAUGGUUCUGUAUCUAGAGGAGGAGAAUGCAGUGUUUUCAGGGGAUACCAUCCUGGGAGAGUCCACUGCAGUGUUUGAAGACCUCCACAGUUACAUGGCAUCUCUACAGAAGAUCUUAGAUCUGAAACCUAGCAGAAUCUAUCCAGGGCAUGGAAUAGUGCUACAAGAUCCAGUGGAGGUGAUCACAUAUUACAUCAAGCAUCGACAUGAAAGGGAGAAACAAAUCAUUGCUGUACUGGUAAACUCAACAGCUGAUUGUAUGACCACCCUAGAGAUUGUUAACAUUGUCUAUCAGGGUUUGGCCCCAGGACUGGUAAUGGCUGCCUGUAAGAAUGCCUCUCUCCAUCUGGAUAAACUGGUGAAGGACAAAGUUGUAGAACGUAUUGAUGAGGAUGGUGAACCAAAAUGGCGGCUACUUCGAGCAAAUAUCAAACCGAGUUUAUAAUCUGACUAUAUUUUAGUGAUAAUGAUUUAAUGAUAAUGUUGAAAAUAAAAUCUGAACAAUU